AUUUGUUUUUUUGAAGGCAGUAUGAAUUGUUACUACUAUUCAAUAACUAGGUCGAAACUCGUUCCGAUCUUUCUAGAAGCGCUUUCAACCCCAGCAAGAGGAGGUCUCAUUCUCGUCGUCUCUCCAACUCUUUCUCACUUACUACAACCACAGUCUUCGUUUUCAUCUUCCCCAAUUAUUUCCUGUUUCCUUAACCCAAUUUUGCAUCUCAUCAUUCCCCAAAUCACAAAACCCUAAUUAAUUAUCAAUGGCCGACGAAGCCAAGGCAAAAGGAAACGCCGCCUUCUCCGCCGGCAACUUCACCGACGCCGUCCGCCACUUCACCGAUGCAAUCAACCUAGCCCCCACCAACCACGUCCUUUAUUCAAACCGAUCCGCCGCCUAUGCUUCCCUCAACCAAUUCUCUGAAGCUCUUUCCGACGCAGAGAAGACCGUCGAGCUCAAGGCCGACUGGGGCAAAGGCUACUCGCGGCUGGGCGCGGCGCAUAUUGGCCUCCAAAGCUACAACGACGCCGUUUCCGCCUACAGAAAGGGUCUCGAGAUCGACCCCAACAAUGAGGCCCUCAAGUCGGGCCUUGCCGACGCCGAGGCGGCUCUCGCCAGGAGUUCCAGGGCGCGGCCAGGCCCUGGUCUGAGCCCCUUUGGAGAAGCUUUUGGGCCGGAAAUGUGGGUUAAGCUGUCUAGUGAUCCUACUACCAGGGAGUUUCUUCAGCAGCCCGAUUUUGUGAAGAUGAUGCAGGAUAUCCAGAAGAAUCCGAACAAUUUGAACUUGUAUUUGAAGGAUCAUAGGGUUAUGCAGGCAUUGGGGGCUUUGAUGAACUUCAAGUUCCAGUCGAGAGGGCCGGAGGAGGGUGCGGAAGCGGCGUCCGCGUCGGGUGAUGGGUCGCCAGAGAGGAAGUCGAAUUCAGAAGCGGCGGAAGCCGAGCCUGUGAAGGAGGAUAGAAGGCAGGAAAAGGAGGUGGAGGCAGCGACGAUUGCCGAAGAGGAGAAGGAGAAGAAGGGAAUGAAAGAGCAGGCUCAGAAAGAGAAGGAAGCUGGAAAUGCUGCAUAUAAGAAGAAGGAUUUUGAGACGGCGAUUCAGCAUUACACUAAGGCCAUUGAGCUCGAUGACGCCGACAUAUCUUUCCUCACUAAUCGUGCUGCUGUUUACCUGGAAAUGGGCAAGUUUGAGGACUGCAUUAAGGACUGUGAGAAAGCUGUUGAAAGGGGUAGGGAACUGAGAUCAGAUUACAAGAUGUUAGCUAGGGCCUUGACAAGAAAGGGUACUGCCUUGGCAAAGAUGGCCAAGUGUUCGAAGGAUUAUGACCCUGCCAUUGAAACUUUCCAGAAAGCCCUAACUGAGCAUCGCAACCCAGACACACUGAAGAAGCUCAAUGAUGCUGAGAAAGCAAAGAAAGAGCUAGAGCAGCAGGAGUACUUCGAUCCUAAAAUAGCUGAUGAUGAGCGUGAGAAAGGAAACCAGUACUUCAAAGAGCAGAAAUACCCAGAAGCUAUCAAGCACUAUUCUGAAGCCAUAAAGAGAAACCCUAAUGAUCCAAAGGCAUACAGCAAUAGAGCUGCUUGUUACACAAAACUUGGUGCAAUGCCUGAGGGGCUCAAAGAUGCUGAAAAAUGCAUUGAACUUGAUCCAACAUUCUCGAAAGGUUAUACCAGGAAGGGUGCAGUCCAAUUUUUCAUGAAAGAGUAUGAGAAGGCACUGGAAACAUACCAGGAGGGGUUGAAGCAUGAUCCUCAGAACCAGGAAUUGCUAGAUGGUAUAAGGAGAUGUGUGGAGCAGGUAAACAAGGCUAGCCGUGGAGAUUUAACCCCUGACGAAUUGAAAGAUAGACAGGCUAGGGGAAUGCAGGAUCCAGAAAUCCAAAACAUCCUAACAGAUCCAGUAAUGAGACAGGUGUUGUCGGACUUCCAGGAGAACCCAAGCGCUGCACAAAAACACAUGAAGAACCCUGGUGUGAUGGACAAAAUACAGAAACUUAUCAACGCGGGAAUUGUUCAAGUAAAAUAAACCAAGCACUAAAAGACAGAGCAUCUACAGGUCUUUUGUGCAAAGAAAUCAAUUGCUGAUAAGAACAGUAUCUUUUUGACAUUCUCCGACUCCGAGGUACGCUUGUGAUGGUGAUGAUGAAAAUUUAUUUCCGGCUCUCAAGUGAUCAGCAUUGCUUCUUUGAUUGUAUUCUAGUGCUAAAUUUGUUUUGCGCCUACAAAACCAUUUGGAGCAUCAACUCUUGGCUGUUUCUGGCGGCUCAAUCCUUUUUUUGUCAAUCUGGUUUGUAGGUGCUUGAUUUUCGUUUUUUACUUAUAGGGUACACAGUGUUGCUUACUGUUAUUCGGUUGCUACAUAACUGUAAACAAUUGGGAUCCCCAGCAAACAAUCAUGUGAUACUUACUCUUUGUGAUAUGUGAUGUUCAUGCCUCCCUUGAUGGGAAAGCAUGUGCCGUUUUGAUUUUGA